GCAUUGUGCUUUGCAUCUGCGGCACUUUGGCGUUUGCGCAGAACUGCGCCUACGUACCCGGCGGCAACGGGUCGUCUCCAUCGACGUCUUGUAGCGACGAGUCAGGCUUCUUGCUGCGUGUGCUUCCUCGGUCACAAUGCACGACGACGACAACUUCGACCCGAAGCUCUAGCACAACCUCAAGCUUGUCCACCAGUUCUUCCACAUCGACCACCAGGACAAGCAGCUCAUCAUCAGAAACCUCUAGCUCCAGCACAACAUCAAGUGCAUCAAGCACUUCCAGCUCGUCAAGCACUAGCAGUUCAACAACGUUCUCAACCACAACGUCAAGCUCCACAACCUCAACUCGAAGCUCCAGCAGCACAUUUUCAACAACCAGUACCUCCAAGUCGACCACAACAUCAACGCACACUUCGAUCAGUACAUCUUCAACAACUGGUAGCUCAACAUCAACCAGCACCUCCAGCAGCACUUCAACAAGUUCCUCCACGACAUCUGCAACCACCAGCUCCAGCACUACGUCUUCCACUACCCAAAGUUCAACAUCAGCAAGCACCUCCACUAGCACUUCAACAACUGCCUCUGCGACCUUGACAAGCACCACUAGCAGCACGUCCACCAGUCUUUCAAAGACCUGGACAACCCAAAGCUCGAGCAGUACUUUUUCAACAACCAGCUCCUCCACAUGGAGCGCAACAACAACGCAAAGCUCGAGCACCACUUUUUCCCAAACUAGCAGUUCAUCGUCGACAAGUAUGACCCGCAGCAGUUCAACAACUUCCUCGACGACAUCCACAGCCAGCAGCUCAAGCUCCACAAGCACCUCCACUAGUAUGAGCAGUACGAAGACUAGCUCCUCGAUGACCAACACAGCGACCUCCUACACUAGCUCCUCAACAUCAAAGUCAACGACGUUCACAAGUAGUAGGUCUUUCACGACCACCACCAGUCAAACAAGAACCCAAACAUCUACUACGUCAAGAACAGUGACGAAAAGCUCAACAUUGACAAGAACUGCAACUAGAACCUCAACAACCAGCAGGAGCCAAACAAUUACAUCUACAUCAAGUAGUUCAACCUCAACAAGCACCACACGCAGCAGUUCAACAAGCAACUCAACAACAGACACAACCACAAGCUCCAGCAGUACAUCCUUGACUAGCAGCACGUCAACA